AUGAGCUCCAAAGAAAAUUUGACUGAGCACCAAAGUAGGUCCAUUCAAAAAGGCAAUUAUGUCACUGCUUUAAAUUCAGAAGAACAUAUUGGCACUCCAACCUACAAAGGUAAAUUCAGUCAACUCUUAGAGAAAACAAAUUGGUUGGAAAAUGCUCAGGAACCUGCUGAAUGCUUGAGUAAUAAUAGUCAGCCUAUCACAACCUCAGUCAUCACUCAAGUCUUUCAUGUGCCUCUGGAGGAGAACGAGUAUGUGAAUCAGUUUGGUAAAGAUAGACGAGGAAAAUUCUACCUAGAUAUCAUGCAAAAGACUGGUGCCAAUGUAGAAUUAAUUUUUGUCGAAGACCAGGGCCUCUACAUUAUAGUCUCUGGUGAAACAGAAACUGUCAUGAAAGCUCAGAAGGAGAUUUUUACAUGGUUUCAGGAUCGAGGUUUAACUGCAGUGUCCAUUCCCGAAGAACAGCCGUGCUUUGUUACAGGCAAGACUGGAGGAGAAAUGCAAGACUUAGAAGAAAAAGAUGCAACCUACAUCCAGAACUUAUGCCCAGAUAACCACAGCAACAGGAUUAAUACUGUGGGCAUCAAAGAGGUCAUGAAGAAGGAUUUACAUGAAGUCCUAGGUAUGUCUACUGAUCAAGACAAAUGUGCUGUAGAGAAGUUAGAUGAGAAAAAAGCAUUUUUUCCUUCCACUCCUGGACCAUCCAGUAAAACUUUUGACAAAAUUAUACCAGAAACAGAGGCACACAUCCAUGUUCCACCACCUAGUGUCAAUCAGACACAAGUAGGCUUUACUGAAAAAAAGCAGCAGCUUAAUGAGGCUCAGGCUUGUGUAAAGGAGAUUUUUGACAGCACUAAAAAGAAAAACACACCCAUCAAUGCAGAGAUGAAAUUUCAGCACAAGUGUACCAUAGGUCCCAAGAGAAAUUCUGUGCAGGAGACCUUGCAAAGAAGUGGAAUUUCAAUAGAGAUCUUACCCGUAGAGAGCAUGUCAGCUUCUGUGACAGAGCAAGGUGAGCCUGGAAGCUCAGGGCAGGCAUUUUCCAAAGCCAGUUCGAAGACCGAACUUUACACUGUUUCCUCGAUCUUUGUACCUUCCUGGCUUCACAGAUUUCUUAUUGGUAAGAAAGGUUGUAAUAUAUCUGAAAUCACACACAGCAUGCCAAAAGUUCACAUAGAAUUUACUGAAGGAGAUAAAAUUACAAUAAAAGGACCAAAAGAAGAUGUGAAUUAUGCUCAAGAACAAAUUGAGGUCAUAGUCAAAGAUCUAAUUAACAGGAUGGAUUAUGCAGAAAUCAAUGUUGACUGUAAGUUUCACAAACAUCUGAUAGGGAAGAAUGAUGCCAUCAUAAAGCAAAUUAAAGAGAGGAAUAAUGUUUCUGUGCUAAUGUCACCUAAAAAUGUAAAGAAUAAAUUGAUUAGAAUUGAGGGGGAAUCUCAGGGAGUCCAACAAGCCAAGAGAGAACUUCUUGAACUUGCUGGUCAUUUAGAAAAUGAGCACAGCAAGGAUUUAAUCAUUGAGCAAAGAUUUCACCCUGCAAUCAUUGGGUGGAAAGGUGAACGGAUCCAUGACAUCCAGAAGAAAUUCCCAGAGGUGAUGAUUCAUUUUCCUGACCAAGCACAAAAAAGUGACACAGUCCAACUUAGAGGGCCAAAACAUGAAAUAGAAAAAUGCACACAAUAUUUGGAGAAUGUGGUGGCAGACAUUGUAGAGAGUAGCUAUUCCGUAACUAUUCCCAACUUUAAAAAGCCUCACAGAAAUGUCAAUGGAGAAGGAGGUGCAAACAUAAAAAAAAUCUGUGCAGCAAGCAACACCAAAAGUAAUCCUCCAUCGGCAAGUGGCUACUCAGAAGAUAUUGUCAUCAGUGGAAAACCUGCAAACUGUGAAGUAGCUUCUAACUGGAUUCUUCCAACUCAGAAACAUAUAACCAAUAGUUCAGAGGUAGAGAUUUCUAUUCCUUCCAAUCUAUACAAGUCUCUUACCGAUUCUAAAGACUGUUUGAUUGGUGCAAUCAUGCAAGAAUGUGGAAGGAUCCACAUCCACUUUCCAAAAAUGGACUCAGGCCUUCAAAGAGUCAUUAUUAGGGGCCCUGCCCAAAGUGUUGAAAAGGCCAGGACAAAACUGCUACAACUAGCAGAAGAAGAGCAAACCAAGAGUCAUACUGUAAUUCUCCACGUCAAACCACAGUAUCACAAAUUCCUCAUGAAUAAAAAUGGUGGCAAUGUUUCCAAAGUCUGUAAUGAGACUGGAGCGCACAUCAUUUUCCCUAUCCCUGAGGACAAGGAUCAAGAAUUGUUAACUAUUAAAGGAACAGAGAAGGCUGUCAAAGAUGCACAAAAGGGACUAGCGGCACUAAUUACAAAUCUAGAUAACAUUGUAGAGGAGGACAUACUGAUAAAUCCUGUUGACCACCAUCAUUUUUUCAUGAGAAGAGGCCCGGUUUUUCGCGAGAUAACUGAGGAGUAUGGUGGUGUUAGUAUUAACUUUUCAUAUUCAGGAAAACAGAGAAGCAAAGUCACAAUCAAAGGAGCAAAGCCUUGUGUGGAAGCCGCCAAAAAGCACAUUCAGGAGAUUACUGGGGACUUGGAUAGUCAAGUCACAACAGAAUGUAUUAUUCCCCAGAAGUUCCAUCAUUUUAUCAUGGGACAAAUGUGUUCUCGAAUCCAACAAAUUACUAGAGAUUAUAAUGUCCAAAUCAAAUUCCCAGAUAAAGAGAACUCAGUUACUAAUAUGGAUCCAACCAUUCAGAAAAAUGAGGAAGAAGUUAGGGAAAAGAGCACUACGGAAGCUGCUUCUAUUUCCCCAAGGAAAUGUGACACCAUACUUAUCUCUGGCCAAAAGGAAGAGUGUGCAGCAGCCAUGGAAGCCCUUGAGGCUUUAAUUCCUGUCACUGCUGCACUAGACGUGCCCUUUGACCCUCACCAUUAUAUCAUUGGUCAGAAAAGAAGAGAGAUACGAAAGAUAAUGGAUAGGUUUGAAGUUAAUAUACACAUGUCAACACCUGGAUUGUCAUCUGGUAUCCUUUUUAUCACUGGCCUUGCUGCAAAUGUGGAGCAAGCCAAAGCUAGGUUACAAGAACUUGUCAAGGCUUUACAAAAUGAAGUAAAAGAUCGAGCAUUAAGAAAUUUUAAACUCAAGUUCACAGUAGACCCCAAAUAUCACCCUAAGAUCAUUGGUCACAAAGGGGUAGUUAUUACUCAGAUUUGCUUGAAGCAUAAGGUUGCUAUUCAUUUUCCACGUAAAGGAAGUGAUGAGACACAAGACCAAAUCACCAUCACUGGAUAUGAAAAUAACACCAUCGCUGCCCAGAAUACAAUCAUGAAACUGGUGCAUAAAUUUGAAAAAAGGGUUACUAAGCAAAUCCCAGUAAACCAUCGUGUUCAUGGCCAGGUUAUUGGAUUCCAUGGAAAAACCAUUCACAAAAUCAUGAAUCAGUUCCAAGUAGAUAUCCAUUUCUCUUCAAGACGAUCCCCAAAUCUAAAUGUUGUCACUGUGACUGGACUCCCUAAUAAUGUCACAAAAGCCACUGCUCAUAUCCUCAAUCUUGAGAAACAUUAUCUGGCUGUUAUCAAAAAGCACGAGUCUCAACAGGAGCCUAUGAAGAAGAUCUCUCUGUGCAAUUUAUCCUAUACUCCAUCCAAGGAUUUUGUAGUAAAAGAUCUUCCCCGUACUGCAAACACAACUGAAAUUAUCCCAGACAUAAACACGCCUGAAGAUUUUCCCAGCUUGGGGAAUCAAGUGGGUCCUAAGACUCACUCUUGGAGAUGCAAACAAGAAUGA